CGCUAUCCUGACCAUCCCAUCGGGGGUCGUUUCCGAUCUCUCACCCUGCGUGUACCGUCGGUGAACGCGGAGACCACGCAGGAUCCGUUCGUGGAGUUCGAGGCGAGAGUGUCUCCGUUGAAGCUCUCGAAGUUGCCGCCUAAACGCGCGUCGCUGCGUCUCUCCCUCUCUCUCUCUCUCUCUCUCCCUCCUCACUUCCAUCAUUUCUCCCGUUCCUAACUUCCCCGCCGCCACCCUACCCAGUCGCUUCUGGUAUCUCGACACGCACCCACUCGGAUUCAGAAACCCACUGGGUUCGCUGCCGAAACGUGCUCACUUCGUGGACCAGUCUACUCCGUCGCGUUUCCGGUAGUGACCUGUGACAGUGAUCGCCCAUUCUCCCUCCCUUCUCUUCUCGCGUGUUGGAUCCGGACUCCCACCCGUCUACUUCUCUAUCCGGUUCCCUUUUAAGCAGCCCCGUACUCUCCACUCCGGUAAUUGACAAGGUUACGCAAGGCAGUAGCCAGAGCAACGUGGUCUUCGAGGUGGACCCGGCCGUGAACAACUGAACGACAUAGCGUGUGUCGCUAUUGGUGUGUCGAGUGAUUCAAUCUCAUCCCGAACCCCAAUUCUCCUAUCCCGUUCUCAGAUCUCGAUCCACGGGAAUCUAUGAAUCUGCUGAUUUAUUGUGAUCCAGAUCAAGUGAUAAACACAAUUUAACUAAACUCGUGGAUAAUGAUUCGAAUGGACUAACAUUCGAAUGGAUAAACCUUCAUCGUAAUGGGCACGAUGAGCAAACUUGCGUUAUUACGUCAUUCGUCGUUUCUCUUCGAAUACGGUAAUGUUUAACUAUGAUGCCAAGUUUGUCAUUUGGGAUGGCGAGUCAAAACUAAUUGAUUGCGAGACUUAAUUCUUGAUAUUCUUGAAAUUGGUCCCUUUGGUGAGCCUACUCAAGUAUGUGUUUAUUUGGGAGGCUUCUGAUAGUCAGGAUUGAGUGUACACUUUACAUAGGAUGAUUAUCGGAGAUUACGUUUUAUGAAUCCUUUUCAAUUCUUUCGAUCCAAAAAAUUUAAAGAUUUAAGUUGUUUUCAUAGAUUAAACCGUAAUUAGAUUAACGAUUAAAAAGAUGCGGCGAAUUUUUUUGAUGGUUCCAACAAGAAAUCCUAUUUUUAGCUUGCAUUUUAAAGUAUUCGAUUUUCAAUUGUUAAUUAAAAAAUCUCCGUAUUUAAAAGCCGAAAUUCUUCAAAGUAAUGUAAACAAGUCGAAUGUUGCAGACCUAUUUGCUAUCAAAAAAAUUGUAAGAGAGUUUUUAUUUUUGUUUGUACGAUCUUCUAGUCCUCGUAUUUCUAUUUAAUAUUUCCUCUUUCUUCUUUCAUUAUUUUUCCCAUUCAUGAAUCUUGAUAUGAAUAAAUCAAUCAAAUAUAUUUGGCGGAGGAACGUGAUUAAAGAUGGAUAUAUUUAUAGCAACAAGAUCAAACAGCUUUGCAAUAUCAUUAAUUGAGCAGCCGUGCAAAUAAAUUUUCUGGAUCGUCUUCCUGUCAAACUUGCCAGUGAUAAAAGAAGACUUAGGCGACUCAACACAACUUGACACAAUAAUUUUUAUCUCAAAUUAUAUGAAACCAAAAAGAUCAUCCUGACAUCAACUCUUCUAAAAUACAUUUAAAAGAGCUAAAGAAAAUUCAUAGAUCACAGGAUCAAAUAAUCUUAAAAGCUCAUACACAUCGUGGACUCGUCUAAACUCACCCUGAAAAGGAUUUCCGAGUGGUAUUACGCAUUACGUCACGGUCGUGUGACAUCAUCGAAGAGAAGCGCUUUCUCUCUCUCUUUUCCUCUCGCUUCCUUCCUCUCUCGCUCUCUCUCUUUCACACAUCCAUUCUCUUCCUCUAGAUUUCCCAUUCUCGAGCACCGCGAAAGAAGUAAAGAUCAAUUCGCUACACCGAAUUGUUUUAAUGACACUUGCGCAAAGUAAUUUUCGUGCGACCGUCACGAUGAAAAAUGCUCAGUGUUUCGUUUCCGCGCUCGAUCACUCUCCAUCAUCGGGCGGAUUUCAAAAUGCGGAUUUGUCCCGGUAAUAUUUCCGGUAGCGAUGUGAAAAUGGAAUACUCGGGAGGCGACGUCGCCGGCAAUUCCGCUACCGUCAUUGACAAAUGUGCGACCGUUCCGUAUUGUGACAGUGUGAACAGUACUGUAUAAAUAAGUGGAUAAAACUCCCCUGCUAAAAGAGUCCUGCGACGUGUGCGUGUGGGCGGCAGCACACGGGCCUCGGUGGUGGUUAGACGCAACAUGCGGGAAGCUCUAUUCUGUCACCGCAUGCCAAACUAGAGGACUCACCGCUCCGGACUGCUCCCUCUGCGAAAAAGCGACAAAGAGGCCGCCUCCAUGCAACAUGCAGAUGAUCCUGGUUGCUGGCGGAUCGCUGCCGAAACUCAGCAGCCAGGACGAGGAUGGGACGAAUCCCCACACUCAAUACACAGGCGUCACACACUUCGAGCCCAUACCUCACGAUCAUGAUUUCUGCGAGAGGGUCGUCAUCAACGUGAGCGGGCUACGGUUUGAGACACAGCUGCGUACGCUGAACCAAUUUCCGGACACGCUGCUUGGCGAUCCAACACGGCGGCUCCGAUACUUCGAUCCGCUGCGCAACGAAUACUUCUUCGAUCGGAAUCGACCUUCCUUCGAUGCUAUACUCUACUAUUAUCAGAGCGGCGGUCGCCUACGCCGCCCGGUCAACGUCCCGCUCGAUGUCUUCUCCGAGGAGAUCAAGUUCUAUGAGCUGGGCGAGAUGGCGACUAAUAAGUUCAGGGAAGACGAAGGCUUCAUCAAGGAGGAGGAAAAGCCGCUGCCGUCGCACGAGAUGCAGAGGAAGGUCUGGCUGUUGUUUGAGUAUCCGGAGAGCUCGCAAGGCGCCCGAGUGGUCGCCAUAAUCUCCGUGUUCGUGAUCCUCCUGUCGAUCGUGAUCUUCUGCCUGGAGACGCUGCCCGAGUUCAAGCACUACAAGGUCUUCAACACGACGACGAACGGCACGAAGAUCGAGGAGGACGAAGUGCCGGAUAUCACGGACCCGUUCUUCCUAAUAGAGACUAUUUGUAUCAUCUGGUUCACAUUCGAGUUAAUAGUGCGCUUCCUCGCCUGCCCAAACAAAUUCAACUUCUUCCGUGACGUAAUGAACAUCAUCGAUAUCAUCGCGAUCAUUCCGUACUUCAUCACCCUCGCCACGGUGGUGGCCGAGGAGGAGGACACACUGAAUCUACCCAAGGCGCCGGUAAGCCCACAGGACAAGAGUACGAACCAAGCGAUGUCCCUGGCGAUACUCAGGGUAAUCAGGCUGGUCAGAGUGUUCCGGAUAUUCAAGUUAUCUAGGCAUAGUAAAGGCCUCCAAAUCCUCGGGCGGACCCUCAAGGCCUCCAUGAGGGAACUCGGGUUGCUCAUCUUUUUCCUCUUCAUCGGUGUGGUGCUAUUCUCGUCGGCGGUAUACUUCGCGGAGGCCGGCUCCGAGAAUUCGUUCUUCAAGUCCAUUCCGGACGCGUUCUGGUGGGCCGUUGUCACGAUGACGACCGUGGGCUAUGGUGACAUGACGCCCGUGGGAGUCUGGGGAAAGAUCGUUGGUUCAUUAUGUGCGAUUGCCGGUGUCCUGACGAUCGCCCUACCCGUCCCCGUUAUCGUCUCCAACUUCAACUACUUCUAUCAUCGUGAGACUGACCAGGAGGAGAUGCAGUCGCAAAACUUUAAUCACGUGACCAGCUGCCCAUAUCUUCCUGGCACUUUAGGUCUGAAGAAGAUCUCGAUGUCGGAAUCCUCAUCGGAUAUAAUGGAACUGGAGGAGGGCACCUUGUUUACUCAUCCAGAGAUAACUAAGAAGUCAAAUUGCAACCCUCGCCACAAUAAUAAUAUCAAUCCAGCCUGCAUGAGCAUCGAGACUGACGUUUGACUACUAGUGAAGGAGAUGGUGGCAGCAUUAUGGCCGUUGCUAGGCCAGUUGUCAAAGAGCAAUUGCAACUCCCUGCGGUACCUGACGUAGGCCUCCUUCACAUCUCGUCAUAGUCGUAACGGUUGGCGCCAGCGUCACAUCUCGCCAGCCUGUCCAAUCAGAUCCGUCAAGGGCGCCUCAGGUCAAGAUCGCGGGAGUCACGGGAAGUCACGCAACUUCUCGGGAAGUCGAUCGGGUGCUUCCUCCAUCCGUGACGAGAAACGGGGACGAGAGGUGGAACAGAAGCCCAAAGUGUGUGCAAGAGGAGCAAGAGAUGGGGACGAAUCUAACCUCGUUCUUGAGAAACGUCAUCAUCUCUCCUGCCAUCACCUCAGAAGACUUGCGCCCCACGUAAGGAUCUACGUGCGAACGAAGGGGACGGGAUAAUUCCUCGCUCGCCGUGCGAGCACGCGUGCGGCCCGGAUCCCCCACACCACCGACUCCAGUGUUCAAAACAAAAAUUAAAUAAAAAAUAAAAAUAUAACAAAUGAUAUCGAAAAAACAUCGCGGCGUCUUCGUAUAAGCGCUGUCGAGUGUCCCAACCCGUCCCUGCGGGCUCCUUCGGCUUCCGAUAUUCGACGAGUGAAAACGGGAAAGGGGAAGCCGAUAGAGGCGGCAAAGCAAAACGGGGAUCGUACCAGAUAAUACUAUAUUAAUUAUUAUCGAUACAAUUAAUAUCGAGUACCGUACACGUAGGGCGCGGGUAAAUUAACAAAAUACAUUUUAUGAUUAAUCGCGAGUGCGGACGAGGACACUUGGACGAAGACGCUGCUUGCAGAAAAGGCGAAAACGACGGAAACGGCAAAGAAGCACGCGAAAGAAGUAUCAAGGACAUAAAAUCGAAGAAUGACAUUCGUAGAGAGAAAGAGAGAGAGAAAGAGCGAAUGAGUGAGCGAGAGAGAAAGAGAGAGAGAGAGAGAGAGAAAGAAAGAACGAGCGAGCGAGUGAG